CUGGGCCUUCCUGUUGGACGGGCCGCGGAGAAAGGGGCGGUGGCCGAGGCCCGUGGCGCUCUUGCGGCGGCCAAUCAGAAGCCUGGUCGGGCUUUGGCGGGAGGCGGGAAUGCUGCAACUCUGCAGAUUUGGCGCGAGCGCGGAAGGGCUUUGCUGCUGCCGGUAUCAGUGCAGGAGCUUCUGGUGAAGAAUCCCUGAGGCCGUCUGUGUGAGACGUGAGAAAAAACCUGCGCUGAGGCGACGAAGCCCCGUGAGGUGGAAAGGAGAAGAUUGCGGGGGAGAAAGCUGUGUUGCCAUUAUGCCUCGAACCCGAUCCCAGUCACAGGCUACCAUCAAUUUUCCAAAAAAGAAGCUGUCUCGGACAUUGGACAAAGCUAAAAACUGUCAUAACACCAAACUAGAACCGACACACGUCCAGGCUAUACCACGUUCUCCUAAAAAAAUUCUGCCUCUCAGCCCCAGAAAACGUCUAGGUGCUGACAACCUGUGCAACACUCCCCAUUUACCUUCCUGUUCUCCACCAAAGCAAGGCAAGAAAGAGAAUGGUCCUCCUAGCUCACGUAUGCCUAAGGGGCGCAAAUUGGUAUUUGACAAUGAGCUGACAAUUAAGUCUCCUAGCAAAAGAGAAAAGGACAGCGUUCACCAAAACAAAACAGUUUCCUCAAUUCGAAAAGCUCAAGAGAUUACAACAAAUUCUGAGCAGAGAUGUCCAUUGGAGAAAGAAUCUGAAUGUAUAAGACUGUUCAAGCAAGAAGGCACUUGCUACCAGCAAGCAAAGCUGGUCCUGAAUACAGCUGUCCCGGAUCUGCUGCCUGCCAGGGAAAAGGAGAUGGAUGUCAUCAGGAAUUUCCUAAGAGAGCACAUCUGUGGAAAAAAAGCUGGAAGUCUUUAUCUGUCUGGUGCUCCUGGAACUGGAAAAACUGCCUGCUUAAGCCGAAUUCUGCGAGACCUCAAGAAGGAACUGAAAGGCUUUAAAACUAUCAUGCUGAAUUGCAUGUCUUUGAAGACUGCUCAGGCUGUAUUCCCAGCUAUUGCUCAGGAGAUUUGUCAGGAAGGAGGAUCCAAGCCAGCUGGGAAGGACAUGAUGAGGAAGUUAGAAAAACAUAUGACUGCAGAGAAGGGCCCCAUGGUUGUGUUGGUGUUGGAUGAGAUGGACCAGCUAGACAGCAAAGGGCAGGAUGUAUUGUACACGCUGUUUGAAUGGCCAUGGCUAAGCAACUCUCGAUUGGUGUUGAUUGGUAUUGCUAAUACCUUGGAUCUCACAGACAGAAUUCUGCCUAGGCUUCAAGCUAGAGAAAAAUGUAAGCCACAGCUGUUGAACUUCCCACCUUAUACCAGAAAUCAGAUAGCCACUAUCUUGCAGGAUCGACUUAACCAAGUGUCUGGAGAUCAGGUUCUGGAUAAUGCUGCAAUUCAGUUCUGUGCUCGCAAAGUCUCAGCUGUGUCGGGAGAUGUUCGCAAAGCCCUAGAUGUUUGCAGGCGAGCUAUUGAAAUCGUAGAGUCGGAUGUCAAAAGCCAGACUAUCCUCAAACCACUGUCUGAACGUAAGUCAUCCUCUGAGGCUCUGGUUCCCAAGCGGGUUGGUCUUACUCACAUAUCCCAAGUUAUUUCAGAAGUUGAUGGUAACAGGAUGACUUUGGGCCAAGAAGGAGCACAAGAUUCCUUCCCUCUUCAGCAGAAGAUCUUAGUCUGCUCUUUGCUGCUCUUGACCAGGCAGCUGAAAAUCAAAGAGGUCACUCUGGGGAAGUUAUAUGAAGCUUAUAGUAACGUCUGUCGAAAACAGCAGGUGGCAGCUGUGGACCAGUCAGAGUGUUUGUCACUUUCAGGGCUCUUAGAGGCCAGGGGCAUUUUAGGAUUAAAGAAAAACAAGGAAACCCGCUUCACAAAGGUGUUUUUGAAGAUUGAAGAAAAGGAAAUAGAGCAUGCUCUGAAAGACAGAGCUUUAAUUGGAAAUAUCUUAACUACUGGAUUGCCUUAAAUUCUUCUCUUACUCUAAUACCCCAUCCAAAUUAUCCAGCUGGCAUUUAGAGAGCUACGGAGUCUUCAUUUUAUUUUUUUAUUUUCAGAUCUGAAAACAAAUAGGACCUUUUUACCUGAAACCAAUGAACUUUACAGGUUUGUGAAUAUUAGCACAGAAUCAUAUCUUUGGGUCUUUUUAUUUUUCCUCAUAAAAAUGACCAAGUAGACCCUUUUUAAUUACUUUUGCUACCUCUACCACUUAUGUGUCUUCUACCAAUAUGUUUGCAAGUAUACAGAUUUAUGUAGUAGAAUACACACGUAUUUACCUCUUCGUUUCCUCAAACAUCAGUAUAUCUUGUUAAGAACUUUGGGGUUAGAGUAAGAAGAAUGUAAAAGGAUGACCCAGGAAAAUAAGCAAGUCCACAUGGAGAUUUGGAGGACACUUUGGUCAAAGAAUUUCUUUCUUUUUGGAGUAUACUGUAUUCACAUUGCAGAUACUAUCACCUUGUGACAUUUUAAAGACUCGUUGAGUUUCUUAGGCAUUCCCAAGAUUGUGGGGUGGUUAAGGAGAAUGUAACAUUCGAUUGUGAAUAUAUUUAUUUUUCAAGUUGCAUUCUUUGUCUUUCUAAGCAAUCACAUUUUAAGAGAGCCCAAGCUUUCAGAAGACAAUGUGAAAAUUCCCAACUGUCUCACAGCCUUAGCUGCCCCUAGAUGAAGCUGCUUGUUUCAAGAUGCCUUCAUUUGGGGUUGGGGUUUUGUCUAAACCACACAUUUUUCUGGUCUUAUUAGAUAAAUUAAUCCAUAUGGUUACUCCAGGCUCUUUUCUCGGUUGGUUUCCAGUGGCAUUCAAUGGCAGUUUGUGACGGAGACACCAGAGGGCACCAUUAUAACACUGACUGCCUUAGAAGUACAGGCUUGGGGCUGGGGUAUAUUUCUUUUAAGAGAAGAGGGAAAAAGUACUGAAGUUUGAUUUCUAUGGGAGGUCGCUGUACAUUUGUAACCUAAUCAAAUGCUUGGAAUGCAAACCUUGUGUGAGAUGAAUGGUCUGAGAGCCAGUGACCAAGUCUGCCUCUCCCUGAGCACCUCUGCUACCUGCCUCCUGCUUUUCUGACAGGGACUUGAGUUUGGGAACUUGAUAUGUGUACAAAUGAUCUGUCGGCCACUGUUUCAUUCAUCCUGCCCACUGUAUCCCUGCAAUGCGAUCUGGGUUACAGCAGGUGGUAUGGGAUAGAAGAAGGGUGAGCAGAGAACCCUCUGAAAUGAACACUACCCACUGAUGUGUGUAGCAGAGGGUCAUCUGUAGACCCAAGUCUAAGUGCCAUUCCCACUCUUGGACCCCUUUAUGAGAGCAUUCCUCCCCUCUGAGGGUCAUUUGCAAGUGGGGAACACAGUGCCAUACCUAGAAGGUUGGAAAGUGUCUGGGGCUAUAAGGGUUAACAAGCAUAAUUGCAAAGAUUGUCCGAAGGCUGAGGGAAAGCAGAGACUGAAUGGGAUUGAGAACAGAUGCGAGGCUUGAUUUAAAUUACAUUUUAUUGGAUGCUGCUGCCUUAGGAGACGUGACUGCUUUACAGUUUGUUUCCACACUGUGGGCAGCUGCUGUCUGUUCUGUGUCCACAGUAGGAUCCUGCCCAAGAAGGAGCAGCCUCCCCACCUCGUUGUGUUUGAGGCUUGGCGCCUUCCUCUUAACUGUAGGGCUUGAGUCAGGAACAUGGCUUGACUCGCAGCAGGGCUGCUACGUAUCCUCCAUGGCUUCCAGCCAAGACCACAUUAUUUGCGGAUUCAAAGGGGCCAAAUUUCUUUCCCCUCUGCCUUCUCUCUCCCUUCCCCCUGGUAUUUGGAAAUAGGGUUUUCUGUGUAUUGGUUUGUUAGUUUCCUUUCCUUCGGUUCUCCCUCCACUGUCAAUUUCUAGGUCAUUGCUGCUUUUAAGACUUCAGCAAAUGGAACAGGGUUGAUUCUGUCAAUGAUGCGUGAAGCAGACUUAGAGUCCCUGCCUGGCUUCCGCUGCCCUUGUGGGAGGAAAACUGAUGUAUGUUCGUCAGUGAAGUCUUAAGUGUAAUUCAGACAGCCAGGGAGCAGCUCGAGAGGAAGAAAGUCCUUUCCUUGCUGGCUUUUCUCGUUGAAGCUGAGAGCUACAGGAAGGUGGUGGGAUUUUUUAGCGGGAUAGGAUGGGCUUGUGGUGACUAGUAUUUGCCACGAUCAUAGGGUUCUUCACAUGGAGUAGUGGCAAAGAUGCUGACCUACAUUCUUCCUCUUGAAGAUGGUGGGCUGUGUGUCCAUAUCCUGGUUUCUUUUUUUCUCCCCAAAGAAACAGAUUAAGCUUCCUUGGAGCAUUGGUGGGUAUUGUCAUGGAAAGAACACAGACAUAAGAAAGCUGGGGUGGGUUUCAGCCCCAGAGCUGGCUCAGUAAAGACUUCCCUGUGGCUACGUAACUGGCAAGAGUGUGAGGUCCAAGCUCCCCAGAGAUCAAAAAAGUUGGCGGAGCCAUCUCUUCUGUCCCCCCAGUGCUCCCUGUCUUUAUUAAGUGCGCUUUUAAGAUACACCAGUAAGAACUGAGAAGUGGGAAUAAGAUGUGACCUAGGGAUUUUUAGAAAUAUCUAUUGAGAGAUGUUGGUACUACAACUCAGGGAGACCAAAAGAGAGCAUCAAAAUUGAGGUUUUAUUCACAUUUGUAUCUGCCUCCAACACUUAGUGCCUGGUACCUGGUGGUGGUUAGCUGCCAUUGAGUCAGCCCCACCACACAUGGCAAUCCUGGUCUCAUGCCAUCCUCGUGAUUGGUUGAGGAUUAGACAGAGGUGAUCCAUAGGCUCAGUAAACCAAAAACCCAUACCUGUUACUGUGGAGUCAGUUCUGACCCAAGAUGACCUUACAUGUUCCAGCGCAGAACAGCUCUUGGCAGUAAUCUUUAUGGAAACAGGUUGACAGGCCUUUCUUCUGUAGUGCCACUGGAUGGGUUAAAACUGCUUAUGCCACCCAGGGACCUCUUAGGCGCCAUACCUGGUAGGUAUUGAACA